AGUCAUUGGCAGACAGUGCAGUGCAGACAACAAGUUGAUUUCAAAGUUUAUACACAAUGUAUGCAGCUAAAGUUUUUAUCUUUGUGGCGCUCUUUGCUCUGGCAUAUUGUGCACCCAGUCCAGGUUUUUUCAAACACGAGCAUCAUACCAUACACGUGCCCUACAAAGUGCACACAGUGCAUCAUCAUCAUGUCCAGAAGAUUGCAGUGCCCGUGCCCGUAGUCAAACAUGUGCCUGUCUAUAAGGAAGUCCACGUGCCCGUGCAUCAUGUGCACCAUGAGGAGAUUGUGCCCAUCGUGCAUGAUCAUCAUGACUUCCAUCAUGAUUACCACUCCCACGGCCACUCACAUGGCUGGCUGUAAGCCGCCAGUCCAACCAACCACCCCAAUCCAACUGUUUGUAAAUACUAAGCUUAAAAUUUGUUUUGUAAAUAAAGUCAAUUUAUAUAUACCUACCGAAA